AUGCGAUGCGUCCCAACUUCUGCAGGAACCUGCUCCAUGGAAUACGAGGUCUACCGGCACAAUGAGGCCUCGGACAACGACUUCGAGUAUAUUGAUUCAUUCUUCAAGAGAGUUCUCGACGAGGACAAGCAUCUUUGCAACGCUGCUCAAAAGAAUCUGAAUGCCGGUGUCUUUGUUAAUGGCCAACUUCACCCUCGUCUGGAGAGCGCUCCACUUUUCUUCCAGAACACUGUCCGAAAUUUGCUGAAGAGCCAUCGCGACGAGGAACGAAAAGAGAGCAAGGAGAUUUGGCCAGCCCGGCAACAGUCGGCUGGUGACGCUACGGCAGAGGAUAUGGCUUUUUGCUCAGGAUUGGCAUGCUCCGGGGAAGGCUCCGGCGAACUGGAAUGGUAA